CCACAGGAGGCAGUGGAUCUUCCAGCUCUUGGUGACACAAUGAUGGCUGCCUCUCACAACAUGUUGGUGGCGGCGCUGCUGCUGGUAGUUCUCUGCUGCACUCUAACACCUGCUCACUCUAAAAGCACGGAAGUCAGUAUAGAGGGAGGACGAAUCAAGAGACAAAACACCAUCAGGGUUGACAAAUUCGUUGUCGGAGGACGUGACGCGACCAGAGGAGGAGUGGGAGCGCUGCUGAUUAAUCCUGAAGCUUCGGGCAGGCCCGGUCCGAAUGUUCAGUUUGGUAACCAAAACUGGUUUUUCCAUUUUAUACAAGCACUCGCCAGGGCUCAGCAAGGAUAAAGGAUGACAUUUUGACAUGUGGAACGAAGACACUAAAAGCAGUGUAGCCUAUAUACAAUGCUUCAAAGAUAUUUUCAUAGACAUUGUAGGCUUUUUACCACUCCAUUGUGUGUGUCUGAGUUGUGCUUCUGUACACAAGCAUUACUGUUUUUAAUUCUGCAGGUAUACUUAUUUUUUUGUAGACAUGUGGGAAAACUUCUGCCAGUUUCUCCAAUGGAGACCUCCUUGCUUCUCCCACAAGGGAUACGGUGGGGAUGCAACUUUGGAUGUGGAUGAGUUUGUUCCAUAUAUGAUUGUUUUGAUGGUAAUCACAGCUAAAAGUUGAUGACUAAGACAAUAUAUAACAUCUAAGCGUCUCUCUUGAGAAAUGUUUCGCCUACAAAUUAGGGUUACAUAAGAUAAUCUACUACAGAGGCAUGAAGACUGAGACUUUUAAACUUCAGCCAGUGGAAGAAAUUGUGAGAUGCAACAGUUGAAGAUAUGCAUAGAUGUGGAUGGGGCCCAGUAGUGGGAGUAUGAAAGGCUCAUAAAGCGGUUUAAAGAUCAAUUGAGAUGUAAAAGAAAUGUGAAAAUGCAGCAAGUGAAAACGUGUUCACAUGUUGGUAGGAACUGCUAGUGGAAGUAAGCCAUGAUCGUAAUGUCUGCUAGAGAUUUAGAAAUAGAGUUAUAGAAUAUAGUCUCUGUACCAAGAUUCCAUGUUGUUCAUGCAUCAGGCACGGUAAUAAUUUUCUAAGGUGUUUAUGUGUCGGAGAGAUACUGUAGAAUCUUGAAACAGAGGAUACCAAUUGCAGCUCCAUUGCUAUAUCUCUGGUCUACCUUAAGUGUAUGACCUAUGCCCACUAGUGGGCCCCACCCUCGUGUGACUUCGUCUUCAGCUGCUUUGUUUUUCCACACCAACAAGUUAGAAAUUUAACCAACGACUAACCAGUAGCCCUCAACCUGUACACAUUUAUGGACUACUCAUAACCCAUUAACCGACCACCUCUCAGAUACGUCGCCUCAGGCAUCAGCAGAUCUCGCAAGAAAAUAGCAGAAGUCCUUGCCAGGAGCCUGUGACUGUUACUGGCUACAAUUAGCUAAUCUCAUCUCCUGCAUUCUGGCAAUCUUAUUUCCAGUUUCGAUUGAAUUAGUUAUGAAAAGAAGAUAUUGGAAGUUGGAAUUUCUCUUCCUUCUUCACUCAGGUGCCCAUGAACUAAGCUAUUAACUUCGUACACAACCACGACAUAUGCAACAUCGAUUUUGCUGAGCCAAUUCCGACUUCAUCUAUUUAAUGACAGCCUUUAUCAGCUUCAGUCUGUUCUUUUGUUUACUGCAUAACAAACAAAAAAUCGGCGCCGCUAAGGGGUCACUAAGUGUAGUACUGGGUAACAUACCUAAAACUUUGAAGUGUAUGUUACCGCCUCAACAUCAAACUAAUACACGUCACUUAUUUAAGGUAUGUGGGAGAUAAUUUGGCGGUAGUCCUUUGGCGCUUUUUAGAUCAAUAUUUGACUAAAAGUGCGUAAGGAUAACCUCACACACUUUUAGUCAUAUAUUGAUCUAAAAGCCAAGGAAGGAGUAAUUAGGUAUCCCUGAAGAAAUACUUUCAAGAUGGUAAGAGAAGUAUUUUUUUUUUCCUUUUUCUUCCUCCAAAUUUUCCAUAGGUUUCAACUUUUCAAGUUUCUAGUUUGGUUUACUGUACCAGUAAGGAUUCAUGCAGUUAUUAGCGGGUGCAAGUGUCCCAUGAUCAAAGUACAUAAUACAUAAGAAAGUACACUACAGCAGGCCUACAGGCCCAUGCGAGGCAGGGCCAAUUCUCCUAUCGGCUUAAGCCAAUGCCUUAAUCUAGUCAGGUCAGGUCAGGUUAGGUCAGGUUCACUUAAGGAAGGAGCACGGCAUCUGACCUAGUACCACAAGUUAGUCAUGUCAAAUUCACACCCAUCAACACCAAUUCAUAUACUUAUCUAACCUAUUUUUAAAACUACACAUCUUAGCCUCUAUGAUGGUACUCGGGAGUUUGUUCCACUCAUCCACAACUCUAUUACCAAACCAGUGCUUUCCUAUAUCCUUCCUGAAUCUGAAUUUUUCCAGCUUAAAGCCAUUGCUGCGAGUCCUGUCUAGGCUAGAUAUUUUUAGCAUUCUAUUUACAUCCCCUUUAUUCAUUCCUGUUUUCCAUUUAUACACCUCAAUCAUCCUCCACAAUUCUAAGCCUUCCUAGAGAGUGCAGAUUCAGGGCCCUCAGUCUAUUCUCACAGGGAAGAUUUUUAAUACUGUAACCACUUUUAAGUUUCCUGGAAUAGGUCCAGUUACUAUCACAAUUCUCUGUUGCUUGACUAAUGGAGGCCGCUGCAUCCUAAUUCGUCGAGAACGUUGAGUGCAACUGAAGCAUUUAGGUGCCCAUUUGAGAGUUUUAUUAGAAAAAUAGUGAUUUUAUCCACUAAAAUCAUGUUAAAUGUCAGAUGUGUAUGCAUGUGAAAUACAGGACAAUUAGCUUAAUUCGUGUAAAGCAAAUUUGACAAUUUACUUAAUUUGACAAGUUAAGACUUACUAGUGUUGGAUUACCAGCAAAAAUGUGAUAAUCCCUCGUCUAAUAAUUGAGGAAUCUCUUCUGAUCGACUUGAAAUCCUAAUGCUGGUAUAUCUUAAUUUGGAUUUUGUUUGCCUUUAUUUUGGGUUCUGUUUAUUUCCAAAUUUUAUUGAAGAAAUUAUGAAAAAUAGUUAUUAUAAGAAAACAAAAUGAACUACGUUAUUCUUAUGGUAGAGAAUUUUAAAUGUAAUAUAAGUGAAUAUAAUUCAUCUUUUUAUUGUGUUUUAAAGUCUUAAGACUUUAGAAAAACCUUUUAUAUAUUACUAGGACGUUCGUAGUUGCAUAUUCUUUUGUUCCUAAUUUUUUUUUUUUUGAUAACUCUGGAACGCCUUAGGUGAACACCUUGAAAACUGUCAAGGUUGGUGUGCUGUAACCUGGUCAAGGUUCAUGGAUCUACUCGCUUGUGUUGGUGUCAUGUAGUCAAUGUUAUGCAGCCCGGAGGUAGUUUUUGUGCGAUAAAUUCUGAUUGAUUUCAAACUUUCAUCGUUGGUUCAUCCUGUUUAGCUGAUGGUUGAAAACUGUUUAAAAUGGCAUGGAA